GGGGGAACACACACGCAGAGACGGGACACGGUCCGGGUGCGGCCGGCCGGGCUGCCCGCCGACCGCCGGUGCUUGUGCCCGGGGUAGCCACGGAGCGGGACGAGCAGGCAGCGUCGUGGCCAGCGAGUUCCCCUCCCUGCUUAUCACAAAAUAAAAAGGAAAAGGGGAUGACAGGGAUGUUCAUCUCGUCUGAACGACCCCCCCGCACACGCACCACCACCACCCGUGUCAAAGCAAAUGGAAGAAUUUGACUGGCGCUUCCUGCGCCAAACCCGUCUAAUAAGCCUGAGAGACCUCACACCCUUCUGCGUGUGUUGGGUGAAGAAGCGGUGGAAGGAAAGCGAAGUUUGCAGAGGGGAAAAUAAAACCGAAUCCGAGUGUUCUCGUCCUGGCCUCGGAUUACAAAAAGAGGAUAAUAAACUAAGGUUUCCUUUAAAAAAAAAGAUCAGUGUGCUUUUACUCCCAUUUCUGUCUUAAAGGGAUGGGUUGUGCUGUGCAGGGUAAACCAAAACAAAGUCUUUUUCUAUACUGUUGUGGGGUGUGAUAAGUAAGGUAGUAUGGUUCCAAGAGAGAGGCUGCUUCAGAGAUGCCUAGCUUGAAAAUUGCACAGGUCGUAUGUGUGUUCUUGCAUUUGAUGUUUUGAUUAGUGUAACUUGCUAUUUCCAGCAUAUAACAGCUACAUCUUAGCCCAGUGCGAAAUGUGUAGACAGUGUAUGACAAAGACUUUUCAGUACUCUUUCGCGGUAAAAUAUACAUUGAAAUUACUGUUAUAAAAAAGAAGACACAAAACACUCUUCUUUUUUCAUCAACUAUAAUUAAAAGGCAAAGAAGCAAUCGCAUUAUCUUAUAUAGUAACCAUUCAAAACCAAAUGUAUUUCCCUUUGGAAAGAGUCUCUUUUCUCCUCUAUGGAAAACUCAAAAAUUUAAAUUAUCUCCUUUGGAUGACUUGCCUCUGUGUUAAAACGACAGCUUUUGGGGAGAAAAAAACCCAACCAAACAACAAAUUUGCUACAGUCAAGUGUUUUCGCUUUCUUUAGUCAUCACAUCUUUUUUUACUCUUGUUCAAAGUCUAUCCUGUAGACUUCAUUCUAGCUAAAAAUGAGCUGAGUGAAUAGUGGAGGUUACCUUGGCUAUUCAUAUCAAAGGCUUUGCAAAUAAACUUUCUAACUAAUUAGAUGCAGUGUUUUAUUCCUUGGUACCUGCGUAUUUUCAGGGAUGCUUCUUGUAGUGGUAUGAACUACUUCAGGUUCAACUUGCAACUGCAGUUUAAAGCUUUAUGAUUAUCUGUAGCUAAAUAACUGAGUUUUGAGUUGCACUGUACAAUAUAAAUGUCAUGUAUCUCUUGCAGCAAAGCUGAUCUUACUUAGAGCACCUGUCUGCCUGGGGGUAAAAUAAUCUGCAAAACAGAGUUGAAAGACUAUAGGUGUAAAAACAGAACUUUUAUAUGGCAGGGGAAACCAAUAGUCUUUUUAUUGUCUGUAACUGUGUGUCUUGCUUCUGUUACUACAUACGUGCACCAGAUAAGUUUUCUGAGUGGAAUUAAAAUUGUGCUAUUUUGUUCCAAAGCUCUGCUGUAGGACAGUUCAUCAAAAAUAAAUCUGAAGUGAGCCAUGACAGUUCUCUUUGUGCUGUGCCAGUUUUGCAGAGUAAAACUGACUGUCUUUUUAAUUGAGAGCUUUUCUGGAGCAGAGGCAACCAGAUAGGAAUCUAGGUGAGGGCCUACAAAAGGAGAAAGAAGUUACUUGUAUGGCUGAGGAAGGAAGUGUGCUGAAGACUAUACUGUACCUUGUGAUCUAACAGUUAGUAAAUGUGGCUGGGAACUAAAAUAAACAGUUGUCCACCUAUCAUCUGGGAUGUGGGAAGUGCAAGUGUCAUAGAAGUACUAGAUGCUUACGGCUACAGUGCCAAUCCUGUCAUGCGCAGAGCUCUGCUAGCUGCUUGGAGUUAGGUAUGGAGAGGUGCUCUUAAGGGUAUUGAGGGUGAUUUAUCUCUUGCAUCAUGCGUGAAUACAAGCUAGUGGUUCUUGGUUCUGGAGGUGUUGGAAAGUCUGCUCUGACUGUACAGUUUGUUCAAGGAAUAUUUGUUGAAAAAUACGAUCCUACGAUAGAAGACUCCUACAGAAAGCAAGUUGAAGUAGAUGCACAACAGUGUAUGCUUGAAAUCUUAGAUACUGCAGGAACGGAACAGUUUACAGCAAUGAGAGACCUAUACAUGAAAAAUGGACAAGGUUUUGCAUUAGUAUAUUCCAUCACAGCACAGUCCACGUUUAAUGAUUUACAGGAUCUAAGAGAACAGAUUCUUCGAGUCAAAGACACUGAUGAUGUGCCUAUGAUUCUGGUUGGCAAUAAGUGUGACUUGGAAGAUGAAAGAGUUGUGGGAAAGGAACAAGGUCAGAACCUAGCAAGGCAAUGGAAUAACUGUGCAUUCUUAGAGUCUUCUGCAAAAUCAAAGAUAAAUGUUAAUGAGAUCUUUUACGACCUUGUGCGACAAAUUAACAGAAAAACUCCAGUGCCUGGAAAAGCACGCAAAAAGUCGUCAUGUCAGCUACUUUAAUACAUAGCUGUACUGUAGCUCUGAGCCAGGUCUGAAGAACUGUUGCCCAAUUCAACAGUGCCAGCAUUCCAACUUUAUUAAACCUACCAACAUCUUAAAUGGACUUUCCUGUGGUGGUACCCUUUAAGAAAUGGAUGAAAGCUACUACAUCAGUUUGCACAUUCUAAUCACUUUCCAGUGUCAUGAGAGAUUUUUACUUAUAAAUAUUCUAAGUGUAUGCAACUGGUAAAACCAGAGCCUACAUCCAGUAUUACUGAUAAGAGACAUUGUUCAUCCACCAAUGUUGUACAUGUAUGAAAACUGUGUACUGUAUACUUCAACAAUCCCCACUUUCUAUUGGAGAGUACAAUAAUGUAAAUCCUAAAAGCACCACUAUUUUAGCAUAAUAAAAGAAAGUCCAAAGAGCUCCUAUAUAGACUACUCCAGAUAACUUUGCUUCAUCGGUAUUUGUAGCUUAUUGUAACUUUUUUAAAGAAAUACAGGAUCAUCAUCAUCGUAUUGUACAAAAGCGCUUUGAUUAACACAACAGCUAUAUAGUUUUUUAAUUUUAGGAAAAACCUGUGGAGACAGUGAUCUAGUCUUUAAGAGUCCUUUCAGUAUAACGUCUGACUAAAGACAUGGCCUUUAAUAUCUGUUGGGAAGGAAAUGUCCAGACUUUUCAACCUUUUAUUGUAUGUUUCCUUUUCCUUGUUUACAUAGGGAACAAUGUUUAUAGUUGUGUGUACAGUGGGGGUCUACAACAAGAAGUGUAUAUUUUAAAACGAUUUUUUAAUGAUUUAACAAUUUUUUGUAAAUCAUUUUCGGGCUUCUGCAGCUGUAGAUUCUCACUGUGAAUUCCCUUGCUUGCUCAUGCAUUAAGUGUAUUUGCAAUACCAAAUAUACAGGUUUAGUACUUUUGCCUGUUAGUGAUUGUUUUACAUGUGUAACGUUUUGGUUGAGAUGUUAAAUGGUGGAAGAGUACUGUGGAUGUGAAUGUGGGAAGUAAUUUUAAUCAUGUGUAAUUGGUCACAGGGCCUAAGUUGCAGUAAUUAACUUUUGCUGAUUUAUUUAACAAUGCCUUGUUGCUUUGUAUGCAUUAACGUUUGGGUGUAAAGAUUGUGUGUAUAUCCAACAGGGAGCCACAGUAUUUAAAUUGACCAACCUAAUGUUACAACUGCUUUGAGGUGGCCAAAUGUAAACUAAAAGCCUUAAUUAAAGUGGUGCAAUUUUGUAUGACUUAGCAUCAGUAGUUCAAUAAAUUUGGAUUGCCAUGCAAGGGCUUGCAUUACA